UUGUAAUGUUAUAACAAAAGAAGAGAAAGAAAAACAUAAGUCCAAUAAUUAGCAAUUAAGUGAAAGAAGAAAGAAAAAAAAAUGCCGAUAUACAGAAUAGCAGUGGGAAAUCCAGGGGAGGCUAGCCAUCCAGAUGCAAUUAGAGCAGCCCUUGCUGAAUUCUUCUCUAUGAUUAUUUUUGUCUUCGCUGGACAAGGUUCCGGCAUGGCCUUCAGCAAACUGAACGACAACGGGACAACACCGUCGACAGGGGUAAUAGCAGCAUCAUUAGCGCAUGCAUUCGGACUGAUAGUAGCAGUCGCAGUUGGUGCAAACAUUUCAGGAGGACAUGUUAAUCCUGCUGUUACCUUUGGUGCUUUUAUUGCUGGUCACAUUACUUUGUUACGCGCCAUUUUGUACUGGAUUGGUCAAUUGCUUGGCUCUGUUGUUGCUUGCUUCCUUAUCCAAUACGCCACCGGCGGCAUGGCAGUAUCAGCAUUUGCACUAUCAUCAGGGGUAACCUCAUGGAAUGCACUAGUUUUCGAGAUUGUGAUGACAUUUGGGCUGGUCUACACAGUCUAUGCCACAGCUAUUGACCCAAAGAAAGGCAAUUCGGGCAUAAUCGCCCCAAUUGCAAUUGGGCUCAUCGUUGGGGCCAAUAUCUUGGCUGGUGGACCUUUUGAUGGGGCAGCAAUGAACCCAGCAGUCACAUUCGGACCUGCCGUUGUUAGCUGGACCUGGACUCACCAUUGGGUCUACUGGCUCGGCCCAUUUAUUGGGGCAGCACUUGCUGCUAUUAUCUAUGAUCACAUUUUCAUUGGUGAUGAUGAGUACUCACACCAGCCACUCCCUACUGAUUAUUAAGUGAAAUAUAGGGCUCGUUCGGAAUCACAAUAAGGUUCUCGAACAUGCAUGCCCUUAGUUUCUAAAUGGGUAUAAAUUUAGCAUUGAAGUUCCAAAAUUUAUUAUGAACUCAAGCUAAUGGCCCUGGGAAGGCAAAGAUUGUUGAUUUUUUAUUUUUUUAUUUUUUUUGGGUUUGUGUGUCAGGGUGUGAGAUUAUAUUGAUUUAAUUUGUGGUCUUUAGAAGAAAUUGUAAUGAUUGGUAUCAACAAGUGGGUGAAUUUCAUUGGUGUCUACAUACAAUCUACUAAUGUUUGUACUUAAUUACUACCUCCGUUUCAUAAAAUCUGCAACAAUUUCCUAAGACGGAAAUUACACAUUAUGUGCAACAAAAAAACCUUUCCUAAUAUAGUAAAUUUUUUUGUGUGAAUUUAGAGUUAUACCCUUACUAAAUCUUUUUAAUCACCACUUAAAUUUCUUAAUCAGAUUUGAUUAAAUUACUAACGUAAUUGAAUUAUUGUAAUCUUUCCCACCAAAAUUAAAUCAACUCCCAACUACUCUCCUUUAAUUCUUGCAUCCCCAAUUAAAUAAUCAACCACCUUCAUCAUUCAUCAAACAUAAACCCUAACCCUUGUUCUUCCCUAUUUCACGCCCCUCUUUCUCUCUCUUCACUCCAUCUCCUUCAUCUACUCCUUCAAUUUCUCAAAUUCGCACCUCUUGGAUCCUUCAGAUCUACUUUAUUUUCCUUUUAUUUUUGUUCAGAUCUAAACGAUCAAACAGUGGAGUCCCGAUAAAUCGCUGAUCUGACCCCCUUAGAAAAGGUUUUCUAUGCAACCAUCGACGAGAAGGAGCUUGAUGUUCUUUCUGAUCUUAUCAUUUCCCUUGAGAAGGAUUCUUCUUCGCCUCGUUGGUUUUACGAAUCCGGUGAAGCUCGCAAGGUUUUGUCUGAUGGUGCCUUUGAAUCUCUUGAAAGGGUCCUCAAUUACAGUGAGGA